UUAAAAGCCGUUCACAUGCUUGUAUUUAACUAUUUAUAAUAGUAAACACAAUCACUCACAUAUGCUUGUAGUUAUAUAGAGUCGUGCAAACCCCUAAAUAUUCAACUCACAAAAGAUAAAUCAUGGAAGCUCUAAGAAUUACCUCCGCUGUUGCUCCACCACAGUCGCUUAUCAAAGCUCACUUGUCCAAACCCAUUUUCACUACUCCAUUUACUCACACAACAUCCAAUUUAACCCGAUUUUCAAAAUCCAAACUCACUAAGUUAAAUGUCAUUUCUCCUUCUGUUUCAACCCAAACCGAAACCGGAAACCUUGAUCAUCAAGAUGAGAAAUUUGACUGGUUUUCUCAAUGGUAUGCACUUACGCCUGUGGCUGAUUUAGACAAGAGAGCUCCCCGUGGGAUUAAGGCGUUGGGUCUUGAUGUUGUGGUAUGGUGGGAUAAGAACGAGAAUGCAUGGAAAGUGUUCGAUGAUCGUUGUCCGCACAGAUUGGCUCCCCUUUCUGAAGGAAGAAUCGAUCAGUGGGGUCGGUUGCAGUGUGUGUACCACGGCUGGUGUUUUGGUGGCUCUGGUGACUGCAAAUUAAUUCCUCAAGCUCCUAGUAACGGUCCUGCGGUUCAUUCUUCCACAAAGGCGUGUGUUGCUGUUUAUCCAAGCACCGAGCAACACGGAAUUGUUUGGUUUUGGCCCAACACUGAUCCAAAAUACAAAGAUAUCCUCACCAAGAAGAAACCACCAUACGUCCCUGAAAUUGAAGAUCCUUCUUUCAGAACCACCAUAUGCGCCAGAGAUAUACCAUACGGGUAUGAAGUCCUGAUUGAAAAUCUCAUGGACCCUUCUCAUGUUGCAUACUCACACGCUGGGAUAAUGACUUAUUCACCACCGCCCAGGGUUAAGCUUGAUCGAGAAGGGGGUGCACCUAUCGAUAUAAGCAUGCAAAAAAUAGAUAUAAAUGGUUUUACUGCAAGCGAGCAUCAAGGUCGUGUAUGGACCUUUGUUUCUCCUUGUCUGCUAAAAGGUAGUCUCACAAUCAAGGAAAGUUCAAAUAACACACAGGAAAAAAUGGUACAAAAGCCAGCUCGAAAGCAUCUUCUUAUCUUUUUUUGUACUCCGGUCAGCCCGGGUAAAAGCAUAUUCAUAGGCAUUGACGCAAGAAACUUUACUGUUUGGACCGAUCCAUUUGUUUCAAGAUGGAUGGAGCAUAUUAAGUCGAAUUUAGUUAUUGAUUCAGAUUUAAAUCUUAUUCGAGUUCAGGAGGAGAAAGUGAUGGAGGUAGGUCCUUCAAAUUGGCUAAAAGCCUGUUUUGUGCCAGCCAAAGCAGAUACUAAUGUGGUGGCAUUUAGAAAGUGGCUAAAGAAAUAUGCAGGUGGUCAAAUCAAUUGGGGAACCAAAUUUAGUGGACAUUUUCCACUCACCCUUCCUAGAGAACAACUGAUGGACAGGUACUGGAACCAUGUGGUGCAUUGCAGCAGCUGCAAUGGUGCAUAUAAAGGAUUUAAUGCGCUCAAGAUCACUCUUCAGGUCUUUUCAGUUGCUUCAGUGGCUGUUAUGGCUACAAUCAAACCAGGGAUGAUAUCAGUUGCCAGAAGAAAUUUACUCGCGGCUGCUUCAAUUGUGUGCUUUCUAGGAUCAAAAUGGUUGUCAUAUUUCAUAUACAAAAACUUCCAUUUUCAUGACUAUAAUCACGCCUUUAAAUGAGUGUUUUCAUGUAUUAUUGUUAUUACUAUCAAUAAGUUUCUUUCGGUA